AGACGAGCAGAGCAAGCUGUUCCGUUCUUAGCCGUGGGAGAGAAAUCAUGAGAUGGGUGUUAGUAACAGCAGUACGGUAAGAUCGAUUUUCUUGUGUCUUUCUGCCUGCCUGCCUUCCUUCCUUCCUUUUGUCCCUUCUGUAACAAGUUCACCAUCCUAUUUUGUAUGUUGGGGGGUUAAGCUGUGAAGCUCAAGUGAAUAUUUAGAAUCCGCCGCAGGCUGUUUAUUAAGCAAGUGUUGGGACUCUGAUGCUGAGAUAAAAUUGCCACCAGAGUGCCAUGGCCACUACCGAAAGCUUUGAGUUUGAGUAUGUCGGAGGACGCUGCAAGCUCACCUCAGACUUGGAACCCAUCAGCCUCUUGAAAGGAGACAUUGUAGUGGCCGAGACUUACAAGAGGAUGAAGCAGCAACGGAAGCAGCACAUGGAAGAAGCAAGGGAGCUACAAAAGAGAAAGAAGCGAGCGAAGGAGAGACAACUUCUCACGGAUUUCCUUGAGAAGCACGGCUUCGACUCCAGUGAUGUAAAUGCAACAGGAGGAUCGAAGAAGACCAAAUGUUUCGGCCUCAUUCCUUCAUUUCAGCGACCUUUGCAUCAAGCUUGCAAGGAGAAGAACGUGGAAGUGAUUUUCUUACUGCUUCAAUACGGAGCAGAUCCCAUGUGCAAGGAUAGUAGGGGCUACACUGCUUAUGACCAUGUGGAGUCCUUUGCUGAGCGCAAGCGCAUGAAUAUGCUUCAUGAGACAUUUCGCGCGAGAGGUGACCUACUUAGCUUGGUCUGAGAGCAAGUGUUCAUGUAUAUAUAAUUGACUUUAACUCAUGAGCAAAGUCAGGUCCAGGUUGGUUGGGAGGCCCUGGAAGCAUCCUGAAGUGGCUGCUUCUCUGUGGCUGAAUAUCUCCGCCCAUCCCGGCCCGGCUAGAUACUUCAGCGCAUGGAUGCGCCGCGAAGUGUUUCAAAAGGAUGGACAUAGUUGGGCAUAGUUCAAGAUCUUGUUGGGUUGGUUGGCCAAGA